GGCGGGUUCAAGGUCGUUUCAGGACGGAUCUCAGCGUGCAUCAUGACACAAGGUAUUAAUCCUCGGGCAUACCCACUGGCAGGACCAGAAUUAACGAAUAAAAUAAUCGAGCUUGUUAAGCAGGCCAGCUCUUACAAACAGUUAAAGAAGGGUGCAAAUGAAGCCACAAAGGCUCUCAACAGAGGGAAAGCUGAAUUUAUUGUGAUGGCAGCUGACAUUGAUCCUCUGGAAAUUGUAUUACAUUUGCCACUGUUAUGCGAAGAUAAGAAUGUACCAUACGUCUUUAUACCCUCACAAAUGGCUCUGGGUCGCGCUUGCGGAGUUUCUAGGUCUGUGGCUGCUGUUGCUGUUACAGAUAGUGAAGGUUCGCAGCUCAAACCUCUCGUUGUUUCUAUUCAGCAGAGCAUCGAAAAGCUUCUUAUUUAAUAAAUAUAUACUUGUAAAUAAAA